CAAAGAGGAAACUACCAGUCAUCUUCACCUCUGACUGUAUCUUCUGUGGAUACUUUGUAGCGAAAGACGGAUUUCUUUUCUUUGCCUCUGUGGAAAUGAAGGACAUAUUCACUCCGGAUUGAUAGGGCGCACUCAAAACAAUCAAAUAGAAGUGAGACUUUUUUCUUUCUUUUUUUAAACUUGCUUUUCCGACUCAACACCGGGACAUCUAUCUUUUCAUGAUGGCUGAUAACAAGCACCCGCAUGUUAUUUUUUGCAACGACUCUCCCAAAAGAGUUUUGGUGUCCGUCAUCAAAACCACCCCGAUCAAACCCACUAAAGCUGAGGCUCUGACGCCGACAAGCCCCGGAUUCAGCGACUUCAUGGUCUACCCGUGGAAAUGGGGGGAGAACGCCCACAAUGUGACUUUGAGCCCGGGCUCAGUGAGCGGGGCUUCGUCCCCUACCGGGACCCAGACGGCCAGAGAAGCAGACACUGCUCCUUCACCUGACCAGAUGAAGGAUGGUAUCCGCAGAGGUCGUCCACGAGCUGACACCGUCCGGGAGCUGAUAAAUGAGGGCGAGACUUCAUCCAGCCGGAUCCGCUGCAACAUCUGUAACCGGGUGUUCCCCAGAGAAAAGUCUCUCCAAGCUCAUAAGAGAACACACACAGGAGAGAGGCCCUAUCUGUGUGACUAUCCAAAUUGUGGGAAGGCGUUUGUCCAGAGCGGUCAGCUGAAGACGCACCAGCGGCUGCACACUGGGGAAAAACCCUUUGUGUGCUCAGAGAAAGGUUGUGGCAAUCGGUUCACACAUGCCAACCGUCACUGCCCCAAGCAUCCUUUCUCCCGUCUGAAGAGGGAGGAACCGAAGGAGGGCCAAGGGAAGGCCCAGUCAGUGGACAACAAGGCUGUGGCAGAGUGGUUGGCAAAGUACUGGCGAACUCGCGAGCAACGCGCUCCAACAACCACCAAGGUGAAACCGCAGGGCAAGGCGAGAGCUGAAGACCAGGAGCAACAGGAUCCCAUGGAGUUCCUUCAGUCUGACGAGGAAAACGGGGAAGAGGAGGAGACCCCAGAGGAAGAGAAGGGCAGUCAGGGGGGAGCCGCCAAGCGUCGCCUCCAGGAGCAACGAGAGCGUCUCCACGGCGCUCUGGCGCUCAUCGAGCUGGCCAACAACCUGUCUGCCUGAACUCCCACCCUCCUCCCUAAACCCCUCACCCCUCAUAUCUCCAUUCCCAAUCCGCCUUCCUGCAAUAUGUGCUGCAGCUAGAAAUCAUUCAUAAACGCAGAUCAGUGACUAGUUUAGUUUAUUCUAUCAAGUUGUGAAACCAGACUUUAAGAAAGAGCUGAAUUGGCCCAAGAUCAGUGUUAAUGUACAGCAACAUCUGUUCCCCUUUACAGCACCAGGAAGGCACAAGCUAAAGCACCUUAUUCAGCUUCCAUUUUAUCCUUUUAGGCUGCUAUUAUUGUAGAAUUGACUAUAUGAAGAAUGUCUUUCUUUCUUCUGCCUUCUGAAGGCAAAGGAAGAAUACCUGUUAUGUUUUAAUUUGUUUUGUUUGCACUUUGAUGGUAACGAGUUUUUUUUAAGUAUAUUGUGAGUGUAAGAGAGUGUGUAUGAUUGAUGUAUAUAUGGAUUAAGCUGAGAUGGACAGAAUGAUACAGGGUGUGGUCAAACUUAAGAAAAUAUAAGUUGGCAUCCUGAUUGUCAGACAGCUCCUAGGUUUCAUCUCUAGUGUCGCAAGCACAACUUUUCAGCCACCGAUGUCAGCCAGCAGUGGCAGAAAUGGACUGAGAAAGAUUUCAGAUCGUUUUAGCCUCCUUCACACAACUCUUUACAAGAAGCGGUGAGAAUAGACAAAAAAAAAAGUCAGGGGAGCUGGAUCAGUCUGACAGGAGACAUGGUCAUUUUUACAUGCGAAUGAGAGGUGAUCAUUGCAAGCCUAAUCCAGAGGUCUGGCCAGGCACAAGCUUUGCCUAACAAUCCAAACUUUUGACAGUUUCCACCACUUCUUUCAGUACAAAUACAUGAAAUAGUAUCCGCAUGACAUUACCAGAGAUGCAAGGGAAAAUCCAUCCUCAUGUCUUUUGGUUUGAGUUCCUUAAUAUUCUACAAUAUUUGGAGAACCAGAGUACUUCUUACAACAUUGCCAUAUUCUCAUUUUUCCAGCAGUUUUCCUCACAGACAUGUAUAAAAUCUGCAGGCCAGAAGUUGUUUUCCAACCAGACAAGAGAUAUUUUUAGGAAGCAUGAUGUCAGCCAUCUUUUAUAUUAAAAGGUGGCAGACCAGUUAUGAUACAGGCAUAGCAUCAUGGUAGUGUGUGGUGCAUGUAUGUCAUCUCAUUUCAAAGUUUAAAUUAUGAGAUAUUUAUUUCACCAUGUUUUUUUCUGUUUUAGAGUGCUGACAUCAUGACGAUGUCUAAAGGGAAAUAUUCUGAAAUCUGCAAAAAAUUUUAAAAAAGUUCUCAACCACAUUAAUUUAAAAAUCCUUUUGAGCUAAUAGGAAUUGUCAGUU